GGGGAAGGGGGCGGCGGAGAGAGCGACGCGGAAUAUCUACCUUACCUACUUCGCGUAGGACGUAUAUGACCCGCGAUCGCGAAAGUUCGGAAAAAAAAAACGAGGAAAUAAAAAAAAACCUCGUUCUAUAUCUAUAAAAUUAAUAAAAAUCUCUCUUUACAGUCGCGUGACAUAAAAGCUUGUAUAAAUUGAAUAUCUAUAAUAAUGUUCGUCGUGUUCAUAAGUGAUAAAAUAUUACAGUGAAUUUACACUACAUACAUAAUAUAUUAACAAUGUAUGACAUUCUUUCAGUGAUAUAAUGAUUUUAUAUCAAGCUAAAUAUAUACAUAGCAAUAAAUAAUACUUGAAGGUCAAGUGAAUUAUAAAAAAAAGAAGAAAACGAGAGAAAUUGUAUGAAAACUGUGUAAGGGAGUAGAGUGAUAUUUUUAAUAACAAAAUGUUUCGCAAAGUGCUAUAGCGUUUUUCUACUAAAUAUUAAUUCCACUUGUAAAAAUGUCAGACGACGAGGAUUAUAUGUCUGAUAAAUUUUUACAAGGUUCUGAAAAGCAUGUUUCAUCGAGCCUUAUACAUAGACACUCUGAUAGAAGAGAAUUUGCACUAAUGAAAAAGAAAAGCGAAAUUGAAUCGAGACUGAAGGAGAAAAAUAAAUCGAUACGAGUAGUUGAAGCAGAAAAAAGGGAGGAAGGCUUAUCGUCUGCUAUUACUAGUACAAAUAAAGGUUUCGGAAUGCUUAUGAAGAUGGGAUAUAAGCCUGGUCAAGGCAUAGGCAAGACUCAAUCAGGAAUAGUUGAACCAAUUCCUGUAGAAGUUAGAACGAACAGACAUGGUCUAGGCAAGAUAUUAAAAAAAACAGAAUUGUAUAAUCGCAAGAGUAUGAAUGCAAAGUUAGAUAAUAUGGACACGAGAGAUUUUCGUAGCAGAAUAGCGCAAGAAAAAACCGAACAACUACAAAAGUUUGAUUUAUGCAAGAGCCAAAAAGUAUGUCAAGAUUUGGAUACUAAAACAGAUGUCAUAAAACCUCAAGAAUCAUGGUUUUGGCCACAAGUAAGCAAAGAAGAAAAGGAAGCUAAUGAUACUGACGACACUGACGACUCUGAUGAUAGCGACGAAGAAACGCUCAGUAAUUUAGAAAAACUUGAUAUUCUUACUAAAUAUUUAAGAAAGACAUACUUUUAUUGCAUUUGGUGCGGAGUAAAGUUCAAUGACGAAGACGAUUUAAGAGACAAUUGUCCAGGGAAUACAAGAAGCGAUCAUUGAAUAUAUUUUUAGCAAUAAAGCUAUCUUUACAAUAUGUAUUAGAAAAAGUUAAUAUCAAUGAAAACAUCCCUUAAUCUAAUCAAUAAUUUUAAAUAAUACGAUAAUAUAGUUUAAGAAAGAAUUUUAGGUAAAUUACGUUAAAUGUGGUCAAUUUAUCGUGUACACGAGACAU